AUGCCAAAGCUACCCCACAUGCUCUUCUACGGCCCCCCAGGAACUGGAAAAACCUCCACAAUCCUCGCCCUGGCCAAAUCCCUCUACGGCCCGCAACUUUACCGUUCCCGCAUCCUAGAACUUAACGCGUCCGAUGAACGUGGCAUCAGCAUCGUGCGUGAGAAAAUAAAAGACUUCGCAAGAAUGCAACUAUCACAUCCUCCCCUUUCGGACAGCGCCUACCGCGAAAAAUACCCUUGCCCGCCCUUCAAAAUCAUCAUCCUCGACGAAGCCGAUAGCAUGACGCAGGAUGCGCAAUCGGCGCUUCGACGCACUAUGGAACGAUAUAGUCGCAUCACUCGCUUCUGUCUUAGUGCGGCGCGGCUGGUGGGGUCUACGGAGGGAACAAAGCCAGGAGGAAAGGAUGAAUCUGGAGAUACGGAGAUGGUUGAUGCUGGUGAAGAUGGGGUCAUUACUGUGAAAACCAUUGAGGAAAUUGCUGGAGUUGUUCCUGAUGAUGUUGUCGAUCGAUUGAUCAAGGCGCUGCAACCGAAAAAGGGCCGUUCAUCGUAUGAAGCUGUUUCGCAGGUGGUAACUGAUAUCGUGGCGGAUGGUUGGAGUGCAUCGCAGAUGUUAACACAGUGUUCGACGACUCCAUACCGGACAUCCACAAAAACAGCAUCGUCAUGGUAUUCUCCGAGUUUGAUAAGCGGCUGA